GUUGGAUUUGUAUUUUAGCGUACGGGCGUGAUGCUACUGUAACGAAAUCUAAUAUAAAAUAAUUUUUAUUAUGUCAACACAAACAUUAUAAUUUUUUAAGUCAUUACAAAUUUUAACAAAAUUAUUCUAUGAAGCAGUGUAAUUUAUGAUAUUUAUCAUUGAAAGUUCUUCCGUGAAAGUUGGUGCAACACCUUGCAUCUUGUAUAUGCCGCGAACGGCUGUUAUCAUGAAUUGUGUUUGGUUUUAGCGGUAAAUGAGGCAUGGUGAAAUAGAGUAACAAAAGUGCAGUAAAUGUAAAAAAUACUCCCAUGCCGAGAAUCGUUGCAACAUGUUUGUAGAAGAUUUAGAACGAGAAUUUUAUCGUUUAAUAAGGGACGACAGAUGCCUGCUGUUGGUUAAUUUCGAUGUUGAUGCCAUUUGUGCCUGCAGAAUUUUACAGCAACUUUUUAAAAAUGAUAACAUGAUAUAUACGCUUAUACCUGUCCAGGGGGUCCAAGAUAUGAUUUGUGCGUUUGAGGAACAUUGUGAAGAGAUAAAGAAUGUUAUUUUUAUAAAUUGUGGUGGUACCUUGGAUCUAGUGGAAUUACUACAGCCUGCCGAAUCUGUGAUAUUUUAUGUAAUUGAUAGUCAUAGGCCUUAUGAUUUAUGUAAUAUAUAUUCUGAAAAUCAAGUGCGUAUACUUGGUAAAGCUGAUGAGGAUGAUGAAAUUCCAGAAUAUAAUGAAGUCUUCAGAGAUGAUUCAUCUGAUGAAGAUGAAGAUGAUGAAGAAUUGGAAAGUGAUGAAUCUCAGAGGAAAAGACGAAGACUAAAUGAAGAAGAUGUUAUUAAAAGAGUUGAAAGGAGAAAGUGGGCUGAAAAACGAGCAACUAUUUUAUUCAAUUAUACACAGUACAGUUAUUAUGGCAGAUCAAGUGCAAUGCUUGUUUUUGACAUGGCAUGGAAUAUGUCAAAAGACAAUUUAGAUAUGGUUUGGUGGGCUAUAGUUGGUUCUACUGAACAGGCUAUUCUUGGUAAAGUAGAAUCAAGAUUAAGUGUUCUUGAAGAAGGAUCUCUUCAAGCUCAUGUAUCUCGAUUAACUCAUAAACAAGGAGCCGAAGUUGACCAACAGCAGCAACAACAACAGCACAGUACAGUCAGAAUUACUUAUGAUAAAGAUCUCUUACUUGCAUUAUAUCGGCACUGGACUGUGGAAGCUAGUUUAAAACAUUCAAUACCAACUGCAGUAUCAUUACGACUUUGGUCGAUUAGAGGAGAACAACGUCUGAAAGAACUUUUAGCUGAAAUGGGUUUGCCUUUAGCACAAUCAAAGCAACAAUUUUCUGCAAUGGAUUUAGCACUUAGACAAGAAUUCAAACAAAUGGUUGAAAAAUUAGCAGGAAAAUAUAAAGUAGAUACCAUUAUUGGGACCAGUUUUACUCUUCAAUAUGGCUACAGGUUUAAAUACUGUGCUUCAGACAUAGUUUAUGCUAUGCUGGCCUUAAUAGAAUCUUCUUCAAAAGAAAAAUUGCCGCAACGUUGUUUUUUAGAUGCAUUAGAUUGUUUAUCUCGCACAAAAAAGGGUAUUUUAGAAGGCGGCAUAGAAAAAGCAAAAUUUAUGCUUAGUAAUAUUUUUAAGGCUGCACAGGGUAUUUUACAGAUGAAACGAAUUAGAAGCGCUGGUUCGUUUCUUUACGUAAUCGUCCCAGAAGGAUGUAUUGAUAGUCACAUGUUUGCGCAUCCAUAUUCAUUAUUGAUAUUAGCUCAGUAUAUUUUAAAAGCUUAUGUAGACUCCUCAAAAAAUAGACGAGCACCCGAAUGGCCGCUAGUAGCUUCUUCGACAUAUGAUGUAGAAACGGGUACGUGCCUCAUGGUUGGUAUACCGCCAGUUUGUGAAGACCAACCAAGAAGUUUAUUUGGAAGAGCCUUCGAACAAGCGGCCAAAAAUACAAAUUCACUCAUAGAGGCGGAUUAUUUCGACACCACAAUAAUAAGACUGAAGAUCGAAGAAAGAUCAAAAUUUUUAGAUGCUCUGGCAGCUCUUCUAGUAUAAAAUUUUAAUAAUUGAUUUGACGUAUGAAAAUAAGAAAUCCCUUCCUAAUAUUUAUUUUUUAGAUAAAAUAGUACAAAUAGUGACAAUAAUAUUUUUUACAACAUACGACGACGAAAUCAAUGUAAUCUUUAUUUCUUACGACAUAUCGGAGCUUUUUUGGUUAACGUGAAUUACUCAUAUUUAUUUUAUAACUGACGACACAUAUAGCUUUAAUUAUAUCAUAGAUACAUGUACAAAGCGAAAAUAACGCGAUUUCAUUUAUGUAUGCAAUGGAUGAUUAAUCAAUCUUUCUUUUCAAUCAUGGAAUGAAUAAUGAUCAAACAAAAUAAAAUGUUUAAGAAACAAAUUAUGACGUAAAAAAUAAAUUACUAAUUCGUAAACGUAUAAUGUAAUGUUUAUAUAUGUAUAUAAAAAUAUUUCUAAAAGGGAAUAGAAGUUUCAGCGAAUUUGUCUAAAUUUUGACGAUAGAACGAUUACUUUUUGUAUAAAGCAUAGAAUUAAUAAAUAGUAAUUCAAAGAUA